CCGGGCAGCACCCAUCGCUCUGACCGACCCCAGGGCACUCCCGGCAGCUCCUCACAUCGAUGAAAGCAAAGAGGAGCCACAAGACUCCAGCCAUGUCCACCUCCCUGCGAGUCAGCCCCUCGGUCCACGGCUACCGCUUCGACACAGCCCUGCGCAAGAAAGCCGUGGCCAACAUCUUCGAAAGCAUCAACGAAGAGUCCCUACAGAAACUCUUCAAAAACUCUGGGGACAAGAAGGCGGAGGAAAGAGCCAAGAUCAUCCUCGCCACCGACCAGGACUUGGAGGAGAAAACGAGGGCGCUGAUGGCGCUAAAGCAGCGGCGAAAAGACAAGCUGCUGCAGUUCCUGACAUUUCGGAAAUACUCCAUUAAAGUGCACUGAGCCGGCAGCAGGAAUGGAGGAGAGCAUUUCGGGACGGGACUGUUUGUGACCUCCUGCCACACAAGGGCUCCGCUGCCCCGAGAGCUGCUGGCAGGACUGGGGACACGAGAGGACCUCGGACCCUCCGCACGGUGUGAACCGCGGCAGCGAUGGCAGCUCCAGCUCCGACGGCAGCACCGGCAGCAUCAGCAGCCAGAGGCUCCCAGAGCAGGGGCAGCCCCCGGGCAGGGGCAGCCAGGCUCCCCGGUGGCUGUGGGACCCAGCCGUGGGGGUCCCCGUGCCUGGGCACGACUCGGGACCUCCUGAGGGACUCGGUGUUGACGGACUUCACCUCUGCACUCUGCGAGCCCUCACUCAGCCCUGGGCCGGGAGGGAGGUUCCAGGGACUGAUCAGCUUCUGGUCACGGAUCUCUUUGCAUUUGUUAAAAUGCCCCAAAGCGCACCGUGUGGGUGCAGCUCAGCUCAGCUCCAGGGAAUGCACCAGGGACACACUGCCCAUCUGUACCUUCUCUUUCUCCAGCCGUAUGUGGGCAGUGUAAGCUGUUUGCACAGAAGCAAUAAUAAUGACAAAUUUCCCUGAAUUUACUGUGAAGUUCCUUAAUAUUUUGUUCACUUCCCAUUAACACAAAAAAAAAAUCUAAAUAUCAUAACUACAGUUCUUAUUUGUAUAGAUUACAAUAGCUUUUAGCCGAGUACUUCAUGGAAAUAUUUUAUGACAAUGUUAUUAUUACAUUGACUAUAAUUUAUUGCAUAUGGCGAUUGAAAUUUAAUAAAUUAUGAAGUAAAUUUAA